AUGAAAAAUGCCUUAGUUUUUUGGCCUUGUAACCCCGCGGCUCUGAACCCCGAGUUGCGCACACCCCCCCCCCCUCGCUCUCUUGCCACGUUCGGGAAAGCCAACAACUCCGGGGCCAGAGUCGAGGCCCGUCAUUGCGGGGGACGAGAGCCAAGGCUGAGGAGCCAUCGGAGCGGCCAAGCUACCCUCAGAAGGAGUGCGGUGGCUGGGCACGGCAUCAGGGCAGAGGUGGUGGGGGCGUGGGGGGGCGUAGGGGGCGUGGGGGGGUUGUCUCGGCGGUGGCCUCAUUCACACUGGACCAAAGAGAAGCCCGCCACCCUGACUCCUCCCCCUCUACACUGGCUCCUCCCCGUCUACACUGACUCCUCCCCCUCUGAACUGACUCCUCCCUUUACGCUGACUCCUCCCCCUCUACACUGGUCCCUGCCCCUCUACACUGACCCCUCCCCCUCUGAACUGACUCCUCCCUUUACGCUGACUCCUCCCCCUCUACACUGGUCCCUACCCCUCUACACUGACCCCUCCCCCUCUGAACUGACUCCUCCCUUUACGAUGACUCCUCCCCCUCUACACUGGCUCCUCCCCCUUUACACUGACUCCUCCCCCUCUACACUGACUUCUCCCCCUUUACACUGA